AUGGAGGCAGUCGUUUGCAUUUCCGUUAGGGAAGCUGUUGACCGAGUUCGAGACUUGGUUGAACCUCAACUCUCCAACAAUCUCAACUUCCAUCUGGGUGAUCUCAGGAAUAAGGAGGAUUUGGAGAAGUUAUUUUCUCAGACGAAGUUUGAUGGUGUGAUCCAUUUUGCGGGGCUUAAAGCUGUUGGUGAGAGUGUGAUUUACCCUUUGCGCUAUUUUGAUAACAAUUUGAUCGGCUCAAUCAAUUUAUACCAGACCAUGGCAAAAUAUAACUGUAAGAAGUUGGUUUUCUCUUCGUCGUCGAUAGUCUAUGGCCAACCUGAAAAAAUUCCAUGUGUUGAGGAUUUUGAGUUAAUACCUAAGAACCCUUAUGGGCGGACCAAGCUUUUCCUCGAAGAAAUUGCUCGAGAUAUCCAGAGUUCAGAUCCUGAAUGGAGAGUGAUUUUUCUGAGGUACUUUAACCCUGUUGGGGCUCAUGAGAGUGGCAAAAUUGGUGAAGAUCCAAAAGGCAUCCCAAACAAUCUUAUGCCUUACAUACAACAAGUAGCUGUUUGAAGAUUGCCUGAACUA